AUGUAGUAAAAAAAAAAAAGCUUUUUACUUUAUUGACUCUUAGUAGGUGCCCUGAACGCCUCUCCAGGUCGCUAAACUCGUAUUUACGGUAAAUCGGACAUGACAUCAAAGUGUGGAUAGUGGUGGUGUUUUCCGCAUUCCCCAACUGCCUGCGAGCUUCAGGGCCAAGCACACGGCGAAACGGCAUUUAUGUUCCAGCCUUUCCAGGAGCAGGGCAGGAACACAUCCACGAGAUACACAGCUUUUCCUGGGAACGUCUUACCUGGAAGCCGAACAGUGAACCUGGGCAAGGAAGCGCUGUGUUGUUAAGGCUGCUUGCAAUACGUGUCGAUGGUCCAGCUUUGAUGUUAGAGUUUGGAGGAUCAUGAACCACUUGAAGCUCCAUAUUAAAUAGUUGGCAGUAGGCAAACCUAUAACCAAGGUGACCAGUGUGAACCAAAGGAACAUGGCUGUCUUCAAACCUGAGAAUGUGGAAGACUUCUAUGAGAUUGGGGAAGUUCUGGGAAGUGGGCAUUUUGGCCAGGUUCGCCAGGUUCGGGAGCGAACCUCUGGGAACUUUUGGGCAGGCAAAUUCCUGAAGAUUCGGAAGGUUGCAUGCAGCCGUCUUGGCCUGGACAGGAGCAGCGUGGAGCGAGAGGUGGAGAUCCUCCAGGCUGUCCAACAUCCAAACAUUGUGGCUCUCAAAGAUGUUUUUGAAAGUCGCGCUGAAGUGGUGCUCAUUCUGGAGCUUGUCAGUGGAGGGGAGUUGUUUGACUUCAUUGCUGAGAAGGAGAACCUGUUGGAAACUGAGGCCAUUGAAUUCAUGAAGCAGAUACUGGAGGGUCUGAAAUUCAUACACUGCAAAAACAUUGCCCACUUUGACCUCAAGCCAGAAAAUAUCAUGCUGUCAGACAAAGUGUCAAAACCUCCCAACAUCAAACUCAUAGACUUUGGCCUGGCUCACUUGUUUCAUCCGGGAGAGGAGUACAAGAGCACAAGUGGUACUCCACAGUACAUUGCCCCUGAGGUCAUCAGCUGCCAGCCUCUGAGUACAGCAGCAGAUAUGUGGAGCAUUGGAGUUAUUACCUACAUAUUAUUGAGUGGUUUGUCACCAUUCCAAGGCGACACUGAUGAAGAGACUCUGGGAAACGUCAUUGCCAUGAAAUAUGAGUUUAAUGAGCACUACUUCAGUCUGACAAGCCCCAUGGCGAAAGAUUUCAUCCAGAAACUGUUGAUGAAGAAUCCAGAAGACAGAAUGACAGCUGAGGAGUGUCUGCUUCAUCCAUGGAUUAAGCCCAUCACACCUAAACAGGUUGCCAAAAGAAAUCGAUCCUCAAUCAAUAUGAAGAACUUUAAGAAGUUCAAUGCCCGAAGGAAGUGGAAGAUGUCUUACAAUAUGGUGUCAGCAUGUAAUCGGCUCGUAAAUUUGAGACUGCCACGUAAAGACACCUCGAGUCCAGAUCCACUACAGAGGCAAUGUGAAAGCGACGUAGAGGACACUGAGAGCAAGCCGGCCUCGCUGCUACGGCGAAGACUCAGCAGCAGUUCAUAGAGUUGACCAGAGGAAUGCAGCAGCGAAGCAGAACAGAGAAGUCCAAGCUGAAGCUGAAGAUGAGGUUCCCUGAAACCAAAUGAUUUCUGUUACCUUGUUCGAGUGUAAUGGGUGAUCUAAUGUUGUUACACACUCGAAAUUUCAGAAGUGCCUGGAACAGAAGCGUGUCCUCAUUUGAAGUGUGUUUCUUUAUGAAAGACAUUUAAAAAAAAUAAUCUGUUGGAAACUUUGGGUGGGCUGUGUAAUAAUGUCUUCAAUGAUGCUUUAUCAGCUAUAAUGUAUGUGGAUGGUUACAGUUUUUGAAAUGUCUCUGAUAACAAAAUGUGGCCAGAAAAGCUUUUUUCUGUGCAGAGCAACCUCAAACUCAUUUUAUACCCGUGUCUUCCAUGCCUUUUUCAAUGACGGUAAUGCUUCUUGUCAUCAGCCAAAUGGAAAUGCUCGGUCUGUUCCUGUUUUAAAUGUUACCAAGUGAUGUCCAACAGCUAUAGACUACAACAUGACUUAUACCUGAUUUUGGACAGCUCAUGGCAGCACUGGCAAACAAAAAUACCAUUAUCAAUAGGGAUGGGUACUGAUAAGAUUUUCACGAUUCCGAUUCCAUUUUCGAUUCUGUUUAACGAUUCGAUUCUUUAUCGAUUCUCUUAUCGAUUCCUUUUUUUUAAAAAAAAAGGAGAACACUAAGGUCGAUUAGCUUAGAACUUUGUUUUAUAUCUUCUCUUUGAACAAGAUAGAAAUUUAGGAGGAACAUGGCCUUGCAAACCCAACAGUGAGAUCUUAAGAGAUCCACAGCCUAUGGCUCUUCGAUGGGGUGUCACAGGGUCCCCGGGGAAAAAAUUGUAAAUGUAAAAUAAUAAAAUAAAUAUUCUUCUGUAGCAAUAACAAAGUAUAACAUAAAUUAUUCUGUAGCAAUUACACAAGAAUAUCCAGUAAUCUCCCUUCCUACAAUUAAACACAUUCACUUACCGAAAAUCGGCGGCAUCUGGUCUGGCAAAUGCCUUUUACCACAAACUUAGUCACUGCUCUGUGACAUUCUGGCCUGAAAGGAGACGCUACCGGUAAACUGCAGCGAGAAAUGCCAGCAUCUGAGCCAGCCAGACUCUGUCUGUCUCUCUCAUCAUGGUCACCUAAAUGCAGCACAGUAAUGGCAGGUUUUGUAAUAAGGCAGAUCGCGCUAACAUAAUAUCCACUGUUAGUUGAUUAUUUACCUGCCACAUUAAUGGGAGAGGACGUGCAAACGUUACCGCUGCUGCUGGGUUGAGCUUCACGAGUCCGGAGCGGAAUUAAAAACACGACAUUCAUUUAAGGUCAUCGCGUGUUUUGUGAGCAAAUGCUUUUGCAUAUUCGUAGUGUUUCCUCCCUUAAAUGAAAUAGCUACUUUGCAAGUAUUGCAAGUUGCCCUGUUGUCAUCCGUUCUCGUAAAGUAUGACCAAACUUUUUAGCGUUUGAGCCGCCAUGUUUCCUGCCAGGUAAAUGACGCUCCGCAACGCAGUGACGUCAUUCGGGGCGACUGGAAUCGAUAAGGGAAUCGUUUGCAAAAAUGGCAAACAAUUCCAAGGAAUUGAAACCGUGGGAUCCGGUUCUCAACAAGAACCGGUUUUCGAUACCCAUCCCUAAUUAUCAACCAAUGUUUUCAUUACCUGUUUGUUUAUGUUUAGGCACUGAAACUGCUUAGCUAGGGUUAGGAAACGAUCCCGAUGUCUUUUCUAAAAGACCGCUUCACAUAAUUAACAAAAAUGUGAAAGUUAGAGUUUUUCCUGUUUUAGCAACGGCCUCUGUUUUUCUGGUCAUUAUAUCACAGUUUCACACUCACUCACUCAUAAACUGCUAUUGUUUUUACAGUUUUCAAAGUAACCACUACUGUCAUUUUCACGUUUGUGUAAGGCUGAAAACAUUGGAAGGUUUUUAAAAAUGUAAUUUCUUACAUCUCACCAACUACAACUACUUGAGAUGAACAGACUUCAAUCUACUGCUGCGCUCCAAACUAUUGUUAGGUUGUUAGUGUUUAAGAUUUUGUACUGCAGAUAAAAAUAUACAAUUAUACUCUGUUCUUAAUAACUUACAAGCACUGCAUUACUUCUCUUGUGAUGUAUCAUUUUGAAAUGGCUCAAUCAUACAUGUGCAUGUCAUUACAUACAACAAUUUGUAUUUUUAAUGUCAUUAAAUGUCUGUUUAAUGACAUGUCUGCUGGCUUCAUCCGAGACUUGAACAAUUAGUAUUUUUAAAUACUGCCAAUUUUCUCACUUUGUCUUUUUCUCAGCUGUAUCUGCCUAUUUAGGAACUUUCUUUUAGCUGCUGACAUUACCAUUAACACCGUUUCAUGACAGUAAUGAGCUAUAUUUGGCUAUGCAACCCUGUCUCAGUUCUUUUAACUAAGAAUCAGGAAGUUGUCUUCUUCUGCGAUGUUGUGUUUACAGACAGCAUUUUAAUCAUUUUUCUUUUCUAGGUGUAAAUGUGACAGGGCUCGGUGCUGGUUCAAACUGUAUAAGCUGCUUCAAGCAUUAUUUGUGAAGAGUCACAUUAAA